AUGAAGCAGCGGUGGAAGAUGGAAAGGUUACGAAGAGCGCCAACACGCCAGUCGAAGGACAUCUCCAUCUCCUUGUCCCCGGGUAUGCGGCUCAUGUUGCGACCGUCUGGGCUGGGAAACUUUCAGCUCUUCUCUCGCCGCAAGGUUGGACCGAACCAGAAUCCCAAUGAGGUUGCCUUGGGCAUCCACAACGACGGAAAGGAGAGUUUCUGGCCGCUGGCCAUUCUCGCAAGUAUAGUCGAGAGCACACGAGCGAUGCAACUUGUUGCUAGUUUCACUGGCAAGGACCUGGAAGGCCUCCCCGUGAGCUCCGGGGGCCAUGUUCUCAGCUGCGAGGAGAUAACCUGCCUCCAGGCAGGUCUCACUUUGCUCAAGGCAACUGAGAAGAACCCAGUGAUCCAGUUCUGGGGCAAGAUCCUUGGGAAGGAGCGGGAUUACUUCAUAGCGUGCGAGAUUCGGGACAUGAAGCCUGCGUAUCCAAACAAGCGCUUCUUCUAUGCCGGCGAGGACUUUAAGUUCAAGGCCAUGCCGGACCUGUCCGAGGAGGUUGGAGAAGCCGUCUCCAUGUUGCAGUUGACCACUCCGUUGACUGGCGACCCCAGUGCAUUGCUGGAAUCAGUGGGAGGUGUGGAGCCCAAGGCAGGGCCAACACUGACUGAGCUGGACAGGCUCGCGCUGCUAGUCCAGGAGAUCGACUUUGACACUGCAACAGUGCCUAAAGGCGCCUACUCGCUGAAUGAGGCGCAGGUGGUUGUUCCGAACAGCGCCUUCCGAGGCCUCGAGCCUGCGAAGGCUACUUUGUUGGAGAACUACGUGCACUUCAGACCCCCGGCAAGCGUCGUGAGCCUGAAGGCGCAGGCUUCAAACGAUUUGGAGUUCCAGUCCAACUUCUUGGAUUCUCUUGCCGACGACUUGCCGAAAGGGUGCUGGGCAGUGCGGCAGGAGCCAGAGAAGAGCGGCUUGGUCACUCUGCGUUCGCUGAUGUGGCCAGGUUACUCAGCGUUUCACGUGCCUGGCACUGGCAAGUUUGGCAGCGUGUACUUCGGCUACGCUUCCAAGAUCACUGACUUGGCCUUCCUGCUCUGA